CUGGCAAUGAGUGUGCAAGCUGAGGAAAAUACCUGUUUGGAUGAAGCAGCAGCGCUCGGGAAAUGUUCAAUCCAAUGGUACCGAUUGUCAUCUCAAUGCAGCCUUAGGGAGCCCACUUUAGGUGCAAACAAACGUGUUUAUGCUCCGGAGCCCAUUGAUGUCAAGCAACUUCUGCAAGCUGAUAUAGGUUCGAACGGCCUGAAGUUUACACUCACUACUAAUGGCCCAAUUUUGCAAGCUAUGUGGAUUCAGAGGAGGCGGCAAUUUGGCAACUGUUUUGGCAGUCACAAAACGGGCAGUCAUUUGUGCUCGUUUUCUAGUCAGAGCAAGAAAGAAAUGGGGCACUCAUCCUCGCCAGAAAAUAUGCUUCUGACUCCAAUGGAUGCAAUUGUAAUGAAUGAUGCGCGUUUCAAAGGAAAUCUCCAUCAAAGAAAUGCAAUUCAUGGUUCACGGGCCCACAGCCCCAAUGAGAAGCCAAAGUUUUGUGCACAAGAAGCCCUUUAUCAAGUACAGCCCAAUAAGCAGAGGGCAUAGCCCAGGUGGCCCAAAACUACUACCACAACAAUUUCCUUAGGCUUAUCCAAGAAUG